CAGAAACUGGCCAGCCAAUACUUGAAGAAGGACUGGCUUGGAAUAAAGGCUGAUGAGAGAAGCGAUUAUAGGAGCAUGUACUCCGUAUGGAAGUCCCUUUUAGAAGGCACGAUGCAGGUGGCUCAAUCCCGCCUCAAUAUCUGUGAGAACUAUAAGAACCUGAUUUCGGAGCCAGCCCGGACUGUGCGGUGCUUUAAGGAGCAGCAGUUGAAGAAGUGUGUGGACCAGUUGACGAGGAUCCAGGCUGAGUUACAGGAGACAGUAAAAGAUUUAGCUAAAGGCAAGAAGAAAUAUUUUGAGACGGAGCAGAUGGCUCAAGCGGUGCGGGAGAAAGCAGAUAUUGAGGCCAAGUCCAAACUUAGUCUUUUUCAGUCAAGAAUAAGCUUGCAGAAGGCAAGUGUAAAGUUAAAAGCACGGCGAUCCGAGUGUAAUUCCAAGGCAAUCCAUGCAAGGAAUGAUUAUCUUCUCACUUUAGCAGCUGCUAAUGCACACCAAGAUCGCUAUUAUCAAACAGACCUAGUAAACAUUAUGAAGGCUCUCGAUGGAAAUGUAUACGAUCACCUAAAGGAUUAUUUAAUGGCAUUCAGCAGGACUGAACUAGAGACAUGCCAAGCUGUACAAAACACAUUCCAGUUCUUACUGGAGACUUCCAGCAGGGUGGUGAGGGAUUACAAUCUCCAGCUGUUUCUACAGGAGAACUCAGUGUUUCACAAACCACAGCCUUUCCAGUUCCAACCAAGCGACAGUGACACUAGUUUUAAUGCAGUUCAACUGGUGGAUAUUGAGCCCUCACCUGUCAGUGCUAUGAGAAUGACAAUAGCAGAGAGUCGACAACUGGAAUCGGAAACUGGAACGACUGAAGAGCACAGCCUCAACAAGGAGGCUCGGAAAUGGGCAACCCGGGUGGCCCGGGAGCACAAAAACAUCAUCCACAGUCAGCGGACACUGGAAGAGCUGGAAUGCCACGGGCCUGUGAUGUCUGAGCAAACCCGAGCAGAACUGGAGCAGAAAAUAGAUGAAGCCAGAGAGAGUAUUCGCAAAGCUGAGAUAAUAAAGCUCAAAGCAGAGGCUCGCCUUGACCUGCUGAAGCAGAUUGGGGUGUCCGUGGACACGUGGCUGAAGAGCGCCAUGAACCAAGUGAUGGAAGAACUGGAAAACGAGCGCUGGGCCAGCCUGCCCUCGGUGACCAACAACGGCUCUUCACACCUGAUAAAUGCUGAUGCAGAGAAGGAAGAAGGUGAAGAGUUUGAAGACAGCAUGGAUGUAUUUGAUGACAGUAGUUCUAGUCCUUCUGGUACUCUAAGGAAUUAUCCUCUCACCUGCAAAGUUGUUUAUUCAUACAAGGCUUCUCAGCCAGAUGAACUGACCAUAGAGGAACAUGAGGUAUUGGAGGUUAUAGAAGAUGGAGAUAUGGAAGACUGGGUAAAGGCACGGAAUAAAGCGGGUCACGUAGGUUAUGUGCCGGAGAAGUACCUGCAGUUCCCAACAUCCAGCAGUCUGCUGAGCAUGCUGCAGUCCCUCGCCGCACUGGACAGUCGAUCACACACCUCAAAUAACUCCACUGAGGCUGACUUGGUCUCAGGCAGCCUGAAUGGAGACUCCAGUGUCUGUUUUGUGAAAGCACUUUAUGAUUACGAGGGCCAGACGGAUGAUGAACUGUCCUUCCCGGAAGGAGCCAUCAUCCGCAUCUUGAACAAGGAAAAUCAGGAUGAUGAUGGCUUUUGGGAAGGAGAAUUCAACGGGCGCGUUGGGGUGUUCCCAUCAGUGUUAGUCGAGGAGCUGACGGCCUCCGAAAACGGGGAGACUCAGUGGAUUGGAGAUAUUCAGGUAUCCCCAACUCCAAAGCCUAAUCAUGCCCUUCCACCGCUGCCCCUCUACGACCAGCCUCCCACUAGUCCCUACCACAGUCCGGAUAAAGGAGGUUCUCAGUACUUCCCCAGAUCACCCUCAACUAAUGAAAACAGCUUCAGCUCAGAGUCCCCUGGAUUCUCACAGCCUCCAAGAAUUCCUCCUGAAAGUUCAUAUGGAAAGCUGCGACCUGUACGAGCAGCUCCACCACCCCCAACACAGCAUCACCGCCGGACCACAGAGAAGAUAGAGGACGUGGAAAUUACUCUGGUGUAA